CGCGGUGCGCGCGCGGUCGUGUCACGUCACCCCAGACGGGCACCCUCCUCCCUCGCAGCGGCAGCGGCAUAAAGAGCGGGCGUGCGCCCGGAGGGCAGCGAGGCGGCCCACGUGACGGCCCCUCCCAGUCGGCAUCCCCGGGGAUCGGCACUUUGUUCGGGAUGCUGCCGCCGCUCGGCGUUCCCAUUGUGAGCCGAGGAUUCGGCCGUUUCCUCCUCGGCACCCGCUGAAGGCGGCAGGAGGAGAGGGACCGGGGCGCCCGCUCCGUCGGAGGGCGCGCGCGCGAGCGGGGCUGACGGGCUGCGCGGGGAUCCUCCUGGUCCGGGCCGGGACUGCGUGGACGCAGCAAGCCCGCGGAACUUCGGGGAAAGCAGGCGGGCCGGCGAGGGACAGCUCCGGCCAGGCUGAGGAAAAGGAGAUGGCGGGUGACGCGCCGGCAGCCUAGCGGGAUUGACCCUUCUCCAACCAAGCCUUCCUGAUGAUGAAUGGAACAGCCAAUGUGAAUGCAGCUGGACGUAGCCAUUAUGCCUCCUCCAUACCUGUUCCCAGAGCUGCAUCUCACAGCAAGAUACACACACUUACAGCAUCUCCAAAAUUGCCACCAAGGCAGAACAGUGCAGGAGCUGUUCCGUCUCAGAGGACAUCAUCACCUAGAACAGGGAAGGGUGUGGUUAGUUCAAGCAGUGGAGCUCCUAAAGGAUCCAAGCAGAAGUUCCCUCUCAAGCCUCCAGCAGCUGCAAGCCCUGUACAGGCAGAGGGAACUGAAAGCCAUGGUGGAGCUGACGGGAUGGACCCUAGUUCCAGUUUGAGCAUGACAUCUGGCUGCAGCAGCCCCCGGGUGGUUCUGAAGGCCAGUUCCAGAGCUGCUGGAGCAGCAAAGAAAGCUGUUAUUCAGGCAACAGAGAAGGUUAAGGAUACCUCAAAACAAGGGGAAGAUAACAGCAGCCUUGGUGCUAAAAAGGGUCUUGGGAAGGCCAGCCCAGCUUCAGAACCUGCAAAAUCAUCCCACAUCCCUGGAAAGAGUCCUUCCUAUCUCAGCUUGUAUAGUGAGACCUUGUUGUCCAGGUCUUCUGAGGGACCCACCACAAAGAGACCUCAGAGUUGUCCAGUGAAAGAUCAGUGGGCGUCCGAAACCAGCUGCAAAGGAAGUGGAACAUGCAAGCCAGAAGAUAAACCUCAAGUGAUCUCGCUGGACACAAGCAACCUUAAUAAGGGCCCUAUUCUACAUGCUGGACCAAUCAGCUUUUCUUCUGUGCCACAACAAAGCCAUCCCAUCAUGGCCACUGUAGCCCCUUUCCAUUAUAGGCGACAGGGUGAGAAAGAGAGGACCUGCCUCCCUAAAGAGGAGAAUGCACGUGAUGCACAGCAGCAGACCAGCCCUACUGAAGGGUCUGAGCUCAGCCUGAGAGGUGUGGAUCCUGAAUCCCAGAGAAAGAGGACUGUGCAGAAUGUGCUUGACCUACGGCAAAACCUGGAGGAGACCAUGUCCAGUUUGCGGGGGUCUCAGGUAACUCACAGCUCACUGGAGAUGACGUGUUAUGACAGCGAUGAAGCCAAUCCACGCAGCGUGUCCAGCCUAUCAAACCGGUCUUCUCCCCUCUCUUGGCGCUAUGGCCAGUCCAGCCCACGGCUGCAGGCUGGGGAUGCCCCAUCGGUGGGUGGGGGCUGCCGCUCAGAAGGCACCCCCAGCUGGUACAUGCAUGGGGAGAGAGCUCAUUAUUCCCACACGAUGCCCAUGCGCAGCCCCAGCAAGCUCAGCCACAUCUCCCGCCUGGAACUUGUGGAGUCACUUGAUGCAGAUGACGUCGAUCUGAAGUCUGGGUACAUGAGCGACAGUGACUUAAUGGGCAAAACAAUGACUGAGGAUGAUGAUAUCACCACAGGCUGGGAUGAGAGCAGUUCUAUCAGUAGCGGCCUCAGUGAUGCCUCGGACAAUCUCAGCUCAGAAGAAUUCAAUGCCAGCUCUUCACUCAAUUCCCUGCCUUCCACCCCCACGGCUUCCCGUAGGAACUCUGCCAUAGCGCUGCGCACAGACUCUGAAAAGCGCUCGCUGGCAGAGAGUGGGCUGAACUGGUACGGUGAGCCAGAGGAGAAAGCUCAGAAGAAAAUGGACUAUGACAGCGGGAGUCUGAAAAUGGAACACAGUUCUACCAAAUGGCGACGGGAGCGCUCUGAAAGCUGCGAUGAGGCUCCUGCCAAAGGUGGCGAGCUGAAGAAGCCAGUCAGCUUGGGACCCCCAGGCUCCCUGAAAAAGGGCAAGACACCCCCUGUAGCAGUGACUUCCCCCAUUACUCACACAGCCCAGACUCUCAAAGUGGCAGGUAAACCUGAAGCAAAAGCAACAGACAAGAACAAGCUCUCUGUGAAGAAUGCUGGCCUGCAGCGUUCAUCUUCGGAUGCUGGCCGAGAUCGGGUUUCUGAUGCCAAGAAACCUCCUUCUGGGCUCACCCGGACCACCACCUCUGGGUCCUUUGGCUACAACAAGAAGCCACCUCCUGCAACUGGCACAGCCACAGUGAUGCAAGCUGGUGGGUCAGCUACACUUGGCAAGAUCCAGAAGAAUUCUAGCAUCCCAGUCAAGCCGGUCAAUGGCAGGAAAACCAGCCUGGACGUCUCUAAUGCAGCAGAGCCUGGCUUCAUGGCCCCAGGGGCGCGCACCAACAUCCAGUACCGAAGCCUGCCACGCCCAGCCAAAUCUAGCUCCAUGAGUGUGACUGGUGGGCGCAGUGGGCCACGUCCUGUUAGCAGCAGCAUUGACCCGAGCCUCCUCAGCACAAAGGGUGGCAUCUCAGUCUCGCGCCUCAAGGAACCCUCUAAAAUUGGCACUGGUCGAAGCACCCCAGUGCCAGUAAAUCAGACAGACAGGGAGAAAGAGAAAGCUAAGGCCAAAGCUGUGGCACUGGAUGCUGACUGCGUCUCGCUCAAGAGCAUCGGCUCCCCUGAAAGCACCCCAAAGGCUCAAGGUGGCCACCAGACUCCUGCCAAAGUGGCCGAGCUGCCACCAACACCACUCAGGUCAGCUACCAAAAGCUAUGUAAAAACUCCUUCUUUGGCCAACCUGGACAAGGUGAACUCCAACAGUCUGGACCUCCCUUCCUCAAAUGAACUCCACCAGAUGCAUGUUGGCAAACUGCAAGAGCCCCACGCAACCACAGUGAAUGUGGGCACACACCUCACGUCAUGCUUCACACCAAGCCCUGCUCCAGUCCUUAACAUUAACUCUGCUAGCUUCUCCCAGGGCCUAGAGCUCAUGGGUGGUUUCAGUCUCUCCAAGGAAACCCGCAUGUACCCCAAACUUUCAGGGUUGCACAGGAGCAUGGAAUCCUUACAGAUGCCAAUGAGCCUGCACAGUGCCUUCUCUGCAGGCAGUACAGCUGCUCCCACCACAACUCCGACCCCUCCUGUUGCUGCUGAAGAGGAGCCCAGUGAAAUGGCCUGGACAGGGAGCCCCAGAAUCACACAUCUGGAGAGCUCUAACCGUGAUCGGAAUACAUUGCCCAAGAAGGGACUAAGGUAUCAACUCCAGUCCCAGGAAGAGGCCAAGGAGAGGCGGCACUCACACACAAUUGGAGGGUUGCAGGAAUCAGACGAUCAGUCCGAGCUGCCCUCCCCGCCUGCUGUCUCUAUGCCGUUGGUUGGAAAGGCGCCGCUCACUAAUAUUGUGAGUCCCACGGCAGCCAACACCCCGAGGAUCACUCGCUCUAACAGCAUCCCCACACAUGACUCCACCUUCGAGCUGUACAACGCCUCCCCAAUGGGCAGCACCCUCUCCCUGGCAGACCGGCCCAAGGGCAUGAUCCGCUCGGGUUCCUUCCGUGACCCUGUGGAUGAUGGUGAGAGUCCUGCACCCAGCCAGGAGGACAAGAGUCUCCUCCUCAGUAAUAAUGUUCAUGGAUCCGUGCUGUCCCUGGCAUCCAGUGCUUCCUCCACUUACUCUUCCGCGGAGGAGAGGAUGCAGUCUGAGCAAAUCCGCAAACUGCGCCGUGAGCUGGAGUCAUCCCAAGAGAAGGUGGCAACCUUAACCUCCCAGCUGUCAGCCAACGCUAACUUAGUAGCAGCUUUUGAACAGAGUCUGGUGAACAUGACAUCCCGUCUCCGACAGCUUGCAGAGACUGCAGAAGAGAAGGAUACGGAGCUGGUGGACUUGCGGGAAACCAUUGAUUUCUUGAAGAAAAAGAACUCAGAAGCCCAAGCUGUUAUUCAAGGGGCCCUGAAUGGAACUGACAUUACACCCAAAGAGCUACGGAUCAAGAGGCAAAACUCCUCUGACAGUAUAUCCAGCCUGAACAGCAUUACCAGUCAUUCCAGCAUUGGCAGUGGCAAGGAUGCAGAUGCUAAGAAGAAGAAGAAGAAAAGCUGGGUAUAUGAGUUGAGGAGCUCAUUCAACAAGGCUUUCAGCAUCAAGAAGGGCCCCAAAUCUGCUUCCUCCUAUUCUGACAUAGAGGAAAUUGCCACCCCAGACUCUUCCGCACCAUCAUCCCCCAAGCUGCAGCAUGGAUCCACAGAGACAGCCUCACCUUCCAUCAAAUCUUCCAACUCCUCUUCUGUGGGCAUCGAUAACACUGAGCUUUUCCAGACUAAUGAAGAAGAGGAGCCCGAGAAAAAGGAGGUCUCAGAGCUGCGCUCAGAGCUGUGGGAAAAGGAAAUGAAACUGACAGACAUUCGUCUGGAAGCUCUAAACUCAGCCCACCAGCUGGACCAGCUGCGUGAAACGAUGCACAACAUGCAGCUGGAGGUGGAUCUUUUGAAAGCUGAGAAUGACCGGUUGAAGGUGGCUCCAGGACCCUCAUCAGUGCCAAGCUCCAUCCCAAGUCAUGUCUUGAGCUCAUCUGCCGCCUCCUCUCCACGGCGCUCUCUAGGACUCCAGCUCACUCACCCUUUCAGUCCUAGCUUGACAGAUACAGAGUUGUCGCCAAUGGAUGGCAUCAGUGCAGGCCUCCAGAAAGAUGAACUGACACUGCGAAUUGUAGUACGCAUGCCGCCCCAGCACAUCAUCAAGGGGGACCUGAAACAGCAGGAGUUCUACCUGGGCAGUAGUAAAGUGAGUGGGAAAUUAGACUGGAAAAUGCUGGAUGAAGCUGUUUGUCAGGUCUUCAAGGAGUAUGUCACAAAAAUGGACCCUGCGCUCUCCCUGGGGCUCAGCGUUGAGUCUGUCUAUGGCUACAGCAUCAGCCACGUUAAGCGAGUCUUGGACACAGAGCCACCAGAACUGCCGCCUUGCCGGCGGGGUAUGACCAGCAUCGCGGUGACGCUAAAAGGCUUGAAAGAGAAGUGUGUGGACAGCCUCGUGUUUGAGACCCUUAUCCCCAAGCCCAUGAUGCAGCACUAUAUAAGCCUUCUGCUCAAGCAUCGACGCCUUAUCCUCUCUGGGCCAAGUGGAACUGGCAAGACCUACUUGACCAAUCGGCUGGCUGAAUAUUUGGUGGAGCGCUCGGGCCGGGAAGUCACAGAAGGCAUUGUCAACACUUUCAAUAUGCACCAGCAGUCAUGCAAGGACCUACAGCUUUACCUCUCCAAUCUGGCCAAUCAGAUUGAUCGGGAAACAGGGAUAGAUGUGCCACUGGUUAUUCUCCUUGAUGACCUCAGUGAGCCUGGCUCCAUCAGUGAGCUUGUCAAUGGAGCCCUCACCUGCAAGUACCACAAAUGCCCUUAUAUCAUUGGCACAACAAACCAGCCUGUAAAGAUGACUCCAAACCAUGGCCUCCAUCUCAGCUUCAGGAUGCUAACAUUUUCCAAUAAUGUAGAGCCAGCCAAUGGCUUCCUGGUGCGCUACCUACGCCGGAAACUGCUUGAAUCUGACAGUGAUGUCAAUGCUAACCGGGAGGAGCUGCUUCGUGUGCUAGACUGGGUGCCCAAGCUCUGGUACCAUCUUCACACCUUCCUGGAGAAGCACAGCACGUCUGAUUUCCUCAUUGGCCCUUGUUUCUUUUUGUCAUGCCCCAUUGGUAUUGAGGAUUUUCGCACCUGGUUCAUCGACCUGUGGAACAAUUCCAUCAUCCCCUACCUUCAGGAGGGAGCAAAGGAUGGAAUCAAGGUGCAUGGCCAGAAAGCUGCCUGGGAAGACCCAGUGGAAUGGGUGCGAGACACGUUGCCAUGGCCGUCAGCCCAGCAAGACCAGUCGAAGCUCUAUCACCUUCCCCCACCCAGUGUGGGGCCCCACAGCAUUGUUUCACCUCCAGAGGAGCGGAGUGGCAAGGAUUCUACACCCAACUCACUGGAAUCAGACCCUCUGAUGGCAAUGUUGCUGAAGCUCCAGGAAGCAGCCAACUACAUUGAGUCUCCUGACAGAGAAACCCUGGACCCCAACGUGCAGUCUGCACUCUAAAGAAGACUGGAUCAGGAUGGAACGGAGACUGGAGUGAGCUGGUCUCGGCUGCCUUCGCUCCUGGUUCUUCUUUGUUUUUUGUAUCUGGAACAUGUGGUCUGGAGUAGAGCACCACAGAGGGCAGGGAGGCGCCCAAUGUUUGCUUUGGAAUCUGUGCAGAUGGACAACGAAAGAGGAGGCAGUUGAUUGCUCCUCUGCAAGGAACUGCUCCCCCACCCCCACCCCAAGGACUACGGUGGUAGGAGAAUGGUGGUUUUUAUUCUUAGGCUCUCUGCCUCUGUCAUAAACUCCUGGGCUUUGCAGUAUGACUGAGGGCAGGGUGUUAAUAAAUCCCUCGGAUCCAGGGUUGUCAGCAUUGAUGUUCCUAUGUGGAGCAGAGACUUUGAAGACCUCCUCACAGAACUGGCCACUGCAUUUUGGCAGGGCAAUGCCAGCAGGCAGGGUAGCAGCCAAGUUUGUGGUUCCCUAAAAUGAGGAUCUUUUUAUAAAGUAGAAAAAAGCAAAACCCCAGAAUGGAACCAGUAUGCAUUGAGAGUGGGAAGAGUCGCUGCUUCAGCAACCCAACUGCUGCUGCAGCUGUUUCCCUUUGGAUGCUGCCCUUCAGCUUCCCUACCACAACAAACAAAGGCGAAGGCCUAGGACUGUUAACUCUGACUUUGUACCCUCCUUAUUUAAUCUGCAUGAUGGUCCUUUUACAUUCAAAUGCCCAAUAAACUCUGCUUCAUUUUU